AUGGGUAAUCUCCUCAGCACAUCAAUAAUAAAACGUCGCAAAACUUCAAAACCGACAAGUGUAAAUAGUAGCAACCGGCGCGUUCGCUCUCACAAACGUCAAAACCCCUCCACCACCUCAUCUAAAUUUUCCUCAUCCUCCUCAUUUUCCUCAAAACAUGCAAAAUCAAUAUCUUCGCUAAAAUCAAAUUCGUCAAACUCAUCGUACCACUUCAUUGAUGGUCGUCGUUACCUUGACAACUCCUCGUAUCACCUCCCCAGUGACGACAAAGAAAUAGAUCGACUCACCAUACAACAUUAUGUCGCCCGUUCCAUAUUACGCUCAAACUACUGCGCACCAGUGGAAAUUCGGCUGAAAAAUGGUGCAAAGGUGUUGGAUGUGGGCUGCGGUCCGGGAACGUGGUCAUUAGAUAUGGCGUCCGAAUAUCCGAACUCCGAGUUUUUCGGCAUUGAUAUUUCACCCAUGUAUCCUCAGGAGAUAAAACCACCAAAUGUGGAGUUCAAAGAAGCCAAUUUACUCGAAGGCCUUCCGUUUAAUGAUAACACAUUUGAUUUUGUGGUCAUUCGGAAUAUGGUCACCGCACUAAGUGUGGAUGAGUGGGAAAACAAGGUCCUGCAGGAAUUGAUAAGGGUUUGUAAACCUGGUGGUUACAUUGAGAGCACGGAAUUUGAGAUUCCCGGGUCAAACAGAGGUCCGAUAUCCACAAAACUGUGCGAUACAUGGAUCACGACAAUGAGAUCGAAACGCAUUGACCUAACAAUUUCGAGUCGUGUCGAACAACUAUAUAACAACCACAAGCCCGCCUCUUUGGAUCGUGUUACUCACCUCAAACGUCAAGUGCCCAUCGGUGCGUGGGGUAACCAAAUCGGUAACGCGAUGGCUGAUGACCUGAUAAUGCUCUCUAAGGCUGUGCAACCGAUGAUGGUACCCGCUUGGGGCAUCACGAAUGAACAAUAUGACGAAUAUUUGGAGGAAGUGAAGCGGGAGUUUAACGAGUACAAAUCGUCUUGUAAUAUUCACGUUGUGUUUGGGAGAAAGCGGUCUGGUGGUGGAGGAGAGAACCGCGUAUAA